CCAGGCUCCAGCCCAAGUGCCAACCGGUUCGGCGAUUCAUCCCCUCUGAUCCCCAACUCCGACCCAAACACGACGCGACGGCGGCGACGGGCAGACAGCCUGCCGCGGGCGCGGCUCCGGCGUGGCUCCGGCGAACCAAACAUUCUCCGGAGACCACGGAAUCCCCGUCGAGCGAGGCUGCGACCCCCACUGCGACGUGCGGACGCGCUCGGCUCGGCAUCUACUCCCGCUGACUCCGGCUAGGGAAGGCUCCAAGAUUUUACUGGUUCUGCCCGGUGGAGGAUGGCAGCCGCGCUGAGAUGGGUAGUCCAGAUGCACCGUGAUGUUCCGCGAGCGGCACGGUUUUACGCGGAGGGACUCGACUUCGGCGUCAAUGUCUGCACGCUCCGUUUUGCGGAGCUACAGUCUGGACCGCUCAAGCUUGCACUCAUGCACACCAAUGACAGUACUCUUGGGACGCAGAGGGUCUAUUCUUCAAUGCUGUCAUUCACCGUAACAGACAUAGGUAGUACCGUUACAAAAUUAAUGGCUCUUGGAGCUGAGUUGGAUGGGCCCAUCAAAUAUGAGAUCCACGGAAAAGUUGCGGCCUUAAGAUGCAUCGACGGACACAUGCUAGGUCUUUACGAACCAGCCUGAAGAACCUGCACUAGAACACACUUAAUGAUAAGCCAUUCGAAUCGCUGGCAAAUGGGUGAUACAUGUUCCUGUUUCUUGUGGACGCAAGAUCUUUUGACAUGUCAACCGACUUGGUAUACUUGUCUGGAGGUUAGGGCUGCCUAGCACGAUAGUGCACGGCCCACUGACCCAUCGUUUACUUCAUUUCUGGUGCCGAUGCAUUUUGUUGUCAACUGUAAAGCUGAGUCCAUCCAUAUAUUAGCAGAAUGUUCAGUGAUUUUGCUUGAUCAAUGACCGACCGUUACAACUUACAGGGGGGGAGGUCGGGUUGUUCUUUCUUUCUAUUUAAGUGAUCAAAUGUUCUUCAGGAAUAUCAAUAUAAAAUGUAUACCAGUGCUUCCUUGUA